GGUUCCAGAAUCCCUAGGCAGAGCGAACGUGACCGAGGCAACGUCUUUCCUAGAGGCUCAAGGUUCUGUGAGUGUGAUCGUGCAACUAAAAUGGACUAUCAGCACAAUAAUAAAUUUGCAGCAUCUGCGUCAAGCUUGUUUGACAGUCAGCCGCAGCACGUUAAAGAUAUAUUAAAGGACUUACAUAAAGGAAGCAUUACACCGUUUGACCAGAGCGCAGAGCCAACAUUGCAUCAGAAGCCAAAUAUGGCCCAGUGGCACUAUCAUGAAGAGUUACCGACAUCUCUGGAAAAAAGUAACCUUGAUGAAUAUAGCUCUACCGGGACUUCAGCAGACAGUAUGUACGGCAGUAAGACCUCAGGAGACAGUAUGUAUGGCAGUAAGACUUCAGGAGGCAGUAUGUAUGGUAAUACGACGUACAGUCAACCAGAUCUUCGUAAUGCACCCUUUGAGGAUAGAGGUAGAGAGCAUAGGGAUCAAGGUUACAAAGAAAGCAGCAAUGAAAUAGGAUGGACUCCACCAGGUCAGAAGUACUAUGAUGGAGCCAGUUUUCAAGGAAGAGAUAGAGAGAUGGAUGACCAACGUUAUUAUGAUGAUAGCAUGCUUGGAAGAGGUAGUGGGAUGAGUGGUCAGGGUUAUGAUGAUAGCAAUGUAAGGGGAAUGCGUCAAGGGAGCAUGGGCCAACCUACUAAUGGUAACACAGGAGGGAGAGGUCGAGGAGGAAGGGGUCGUGGACGUGGUGGUGACGCUGCCCUUGGAAGAGGAUCAGCAAAGAGGGGAAUGUUGCAUGGAGGUGGUGGAUAUGGACCUGCAGCCAAGAAACCAAAAUGGCAACAAGGGGAAACAGGCAGUCAUGAACAGACAUUUGGUGCAGAGCAAAGAUGGGGUGGCGGAGGUAGUGGAAGUAGAGACUCUGAUAACAGUGCGCGGGAAAGAGGUCGAGGUUCGAGAGGGAGAGGAUUCGAUGGGAACUUGUGGGGCAGAGGUCGUGGAACAGGGGGUCAAGGAUCAGUUAGUAGUACACAAGGAAGAGGAAGAGGAACAAUGGGUCGUGGACGUGGUGGUGAUAUUGCCCGUGGAAGAGGGUCGGCAAAGAGGGGAAUGCUACAAGGAGGUAGUGGAUUUGAACCUGCAGCCAAUAAACCAAAAUGGCAAAAAGAGCAACAGGGGAAAACGGGGAGUAGUGAACAGAGAUGGGGUGCAGAGCAAGGAUGGGGCCGAGAAAGGAUAUGGGGCCGGGGAAGAGGCAAGGACCAAGGUGUACGUGGAAGAGGUUCAAGAGGGCGACAAGGGGGACCUCCACAGAGAAACAACCCUGGUCGUUCAAAUCAAGAAGUUAAUGACGGCGCUGUAGAAUAUGGUUUUGAUGGGAAACCUGUUGGACCCGAAAGACUUGCUAGUACACUUGGAGAUUUCAAAUACUGCAAGGUCUGUGAUAUACAUAUCAACUCUAUGAAGUCUGCUAAGGCUCACUAUUCUGGCAAAAUUCACCUGAAAAGGCUCAAUAGUAUUCUGCAGAAAGAAGAAUUGAUGAAAACUCUUGACGUAACUACAGACAAUUGUGAGGUAUGCAAUGUCGUAUAUACUUCCCCUUUACAAGUCAAAUCACAUCUUGACGGAAACAGGCAUAAGAAAAAUGUUGAAGAAGCUAAAGCUAAAGCUGAGGGACGUCCAAUUCCAUCAGAAUCUACCAAUCAGAAGAAAGGAGAGGUUGACAAGGAGACUGUUGCUGAUGCCAGUAGAGAGAAGGCAUCAUCUGGACCAUCGGAUGAACGUUUGAUGCUGGAACGUAAUGAAAAGUUUGUUGAACCCAAGAUGAAGGACAGUGGUGAGAUGCCUCGCCCAGAUUCCCAAUCUCAUACCCAAUCUCGUGUCGCACCAAAAACAUUCCCAGAAGGGGCUCCGCACACGCCGAAUGACAGAGAAGAACAAAAAAAUGUCCAGUCACAAAAGGGGAAAGGUAUGCUACAGCUGCUGCAAGAGAGCCAGAGGAAAGGACGGCUACUUUUGCUGGAAGAGAGCCAGGAGAAAGACGCAAAAACCGCUUCUAUUGUGACCUUUGUGGCGUUAGCACAACAUCUCCUGAUCUCCUUGCAGAUCAUUUCCUUGGCAGAAAGCACAAGCACACAAUGUUACUUAUUAAGAAGAAAAAGAGUGCGCCCACUUCUGCUCAUGGAAGUGUGUUUUCGUGCAAGCUAUGCCGCAUUUCAACUCACGACGCUUACAAUCUCAACCUGCAUAUGACUGG